CUGAUAAGCAAAAUCUUGUUUGCAUCAUCUCUCAGUCCAUCAAGUGAAUUGGUUGAGCUACAUAAACUUUGUAUUUACCUUUAGCGAUGCUGUCCACCCUACACUGUUUGGGUGUGUGUGCGGUCUUAUUCUUACUGGCCCCGCCCACCACAUCGUUCUCCGGUGGUGCAAGCCACGCCUCUUGUCAGGAAAUGAUUCCCGGCCACAUCCGUGCUCACUCUCAGGACUCGCAGCACAGACAGGUCACCAUACGCACGUCUGCCUCUUCCUACCUCCCUGGACAGUUUAUAACAGGUACUAUCAGCGUAAUGUGCGACGCUUUAAUGGUGCGGAGCUCUCGGGACUUCAUGGGUUUCCUGCUCCAGUCCAGGAGACAGGGCCCGUUGCUGGUGGGCGGCUCCUGGAUCCUCACACCUCCUGGCACCCACACUCUGUGCUGCCUCUCGGAGGGUGACACUGUCACACACUCAGACAAACAGCUGAAGAGAAACCUCUCGUUUGUAUGGAGGGCUCCUGAUUCACCUGUGGGAGACAUACGGUUCUACAUCACGGUGGUACAGUCCUACUUUGUUUACUGGGCAGGUAUUGAGUCUGGACUGGUGCGUGACGCGGGUCGUAGGCUUUGGAAUGGGAGUAACACUACUAGAGUGAAUGGAGUGAGUGCAAUUUCCGCACUACUGCAAGACAAAGUUACAGCCCUGCCAAGUUUACCCCUUGUAACUAUGCAUGCAUCCAUUAGGUCUACAUUUGUCAUCCCUUCUUCCUUUACGAGAAACCAACUGACGUCAUCAGCUCGUUUUGCUCUCCCCUCCCCUUCUCCAAUCUCCAACCCCCCUUAUUUGUCAUCUUCUCAACCUACCCCCACUUCCCCACAACCAUCCUCCUUUGCCUCGUCUACUAUUCCCUAUUUAUACACUUCUAACCAUCCAUCAUCAGAUCUCUUGUUUACUCCAGCUCCCUUGCCUACCUUUACCUCUUCCCAGUGCAUCACAAAUUCUUCCAUUUCUUUUGUUUCUUCUACCACUUCAUCUAGCUCGACCUCAGCAACUUCUUCCUCCUAUCAAGGUACAUCUUUUUAUAUCCCAUCUGUAACCUCCCCGCCUGCUGCCCAGGCUACCUCCCUUCAUUCAGGACCCUCUCCAGCUCCCCGUCGCUCUCUGCACAACCUCUCCAUGCCCUCACCUUCCCAGAAACAUACUGAAGGUCACACUGCAUCAUCUGAUCCUGAUCCAAGUAUACACCCACCAACACCAAGAACAGACAUUCAUCCAAACCCCAAACCCCACCCUAACAUCGAGGAAAAUCUUGGCCACGAGUUGAAACCAAAGCUUCCAAAUAGUGAUGCUAAACAUCCCUCCAGUCCUCCUGCAACUCCAGACAAGGAAGGGAAAUAUCCAGACAUACGCAGACACAGUGCCUGGGAGCUGGGCAUGCUGCUGGGCAGCUCAGCUGGUUUGGGUAUGGUACUGGUGGUUGGAAUAAGGUACUUGUACCGCCAGGCUUGUGGAAAACGGACGGCGGUGACCCUGAACGAUCGGGAGAGAGAGUAUGGGAGAGGAGAGAUAGGACUGAUCCACGUCCAGGAGUGUGGAGAUUUGGUUAGAGUCCGAAAAAUCAGAGAGAACAGCUUAGUACUUCUGGCAGAGUAUGAUGUACUGUCACCACCUGGAGAGAGAAAUGCCGGCUGCCAACAAAGAUAAUAGAUACCAAAACCUUUCAAGGACAAGAAAAUAAUCUUGGUUAACUCCUCGAAUGUUCGGAUUGAUUUUUUCCCUACAACAAACGUCACAUUGGGGAGACGGGUCAGGCUAGGUAGUAAAAGGAAAAACAGUGAAAUGUGUAACACAAAAGGGUCAUUAAGGAGAAAAAGAACGCACAGAUAUCAUCACACCAUAACACAAUAAAACACAGACAAGCAACAGGGGGACAUAUUCCAGUGUGUACAGCUGGAUCUGGGACCGCUGCAAUCUUCGAUCGUGCCUCCAGCUGAUCCGCUGUCCAUGCGAGCCAGUCCGUUCUGAAGUUUUCUUCCUCCUUCCAGAUUUUCAGUAACUAUUGUUUGAAAUUCAUUAGCUCAAAAACCAGCAGAACUUUCACUUGUGACAGCACAGCAAUGCAGAUGAAUGCAAACACUGUCGUCUACUGCAGUGCAGGCUCCACAGGGAUGUAGGGGUGGGUUUUUAUAAUCGACUCAUCGAUUAAAAUAGAUUCUGGCUU